AAUAGGCAAAAGCAUCAAGCAAAACACAAAACAAAAGCAAACGCAAAUUAUUAGCGGCGGCAAAAUAGUCGCGUUGGAGGUGUAGGUAGUUUCAGUCUAUUCGCGCUUGGCGCCGUCGAUGGUUUUCCAAUACGCUAGCACUACAACGUGAAUUGUAAAUAAAUAAAUAGCAUCAAGCAUGGCGUGUUCAACGAAAACUCUCAAAGUAUUUUCUUUGAUUUGGGAUAUCCUCUAUGCGCUACUUGGCUUGGCCAUCGUUGGCAUUGGCGCGUACGUUAUCUUUGAACUGGAAUAUUUCAAUACUGCUGCCUUCGUCAUACUGGGCUUGGGCAUAGUGGUAUUCUUGACCGCACUGUUGGGUUCACUGGGUGCGGCACAUGAAAGCAGUCAGAUCUCCAAAGUGUUCGCCAUAAUACUGAUAUUAUGGGUUGUGCUGCAAAUAAUAUCGGUGGGUUUCGUUUGGAUCUUCCAAACGACAUUGCUAAUCAACAUCAAUAGCACCUUCGAUCAGUUGUGGGGCAGCCCAACAGUGCCCAUCAAGCCGGGCAACACCAGUCACAUAGCGAACAUUGAGAGAUGGCUCGACUGUUGCGGCAAUGUUGGCUCUAGUGAUUACCUGCUGCCGCCCAAUAGCUGCUACAACAGCCUCACGGACAAGCUGAACCUGGACGGCUGUCGCCAGAAGUUCCUCGACUAUGUGGUCGAGCGUUGGCAAGCGUUCAAUUUCUGCGCCAUCGGCGUAGUGUUGGUCGAGCUGAUUUGUGCCGCUUUCGCUUGGGUCUUGGCCAAUAGCAUUGUGAAUCGUUGGCGCCGCUCGAAAUACUAUCCCAAAUAAGCAGUUGAAUGCGGUUAAUUUAAAUGCGCAUAAAGGCCAAAGAACAUUUGUACAUUUGUACAUACAAACAAGCACAUAAGCAUGUAUAUAUAUAUAUGUAUAUGUAUAUGUAAACUAUAUGAAUAGUGUAUGUAUGUAUGUAUGCGUAAAUGCAGUUACACACCUGUACAUACCAAUCAAUGUAUUUCUUUUAUUGUUUUUGUUUUCUUUUCUUUCUUAAAAUUUUGUUUUUGUAAUUUUUUUGUUUUUCUUUUUGUAAACAAAGUCUUCACACAACGAUAUAUUGUAACAGUGUUUAUUCUAACGUCGAAAAAUCGGAAAUUGAUUACGCUAGUCUACCUCAACAUGCUCAUAAAUUAGCUAAGCUACUAAAUAUGUAUCUACGUUAGAGACGGAACUCAGCUUAGCUGGAAAAUAUUGAAUUACCAACAAACACACACAUACAUACAGUUAGCGCUAUAAACACAUACAUAUAGACGAAAUUUAAUAUUGAUUCACAAAUCAAACGAAACGAUGGUGCCAAACAUGGUGUUCAAUAGCAAGUAGAUUUGAAAAAUAAAAAAUAAUUUACAAAAAAAAAAAAUAAAUAAAAAAGGAAAAUAAGUAAAUAAACAC